AUGAACAAUUUGGGGUGCUGUAUCCCGGGAACAUCAUUAUCACCAUCAUCGAUAACAGUAGCAACACCAGUAAUACCAUGUCGUCCACAUCAUCCGGUUCCGUGUCAUCCCGCCGGAAACAAGCGAAACCACAACGUCUUUCACACGAAUCUGACCUCUAUUCUGAUUCGACUGUCACCAAUGGUAAGUAUUUUACUGCUAUGA